AGCAGUUUUUAUAAUAUAAUUUUUUAAAUUUUGCUAUAAUAAAAUUUUUCGUAAAACAUGCAAAAAUAAACAUCUGACACAAGGAGUUCCAAAACCGUAACAAUAGAUAAUAAUACUACAUUUUUCUUUUAACAUGAGCCAUCUGUACAAAAUACAAGUUAAGGAGAUGUUGGAAUUGUCUGUUUUACCUAUUGAACGCUAAUUAUUUUCAGACAAACUUGGCUCUUAAGUGAUUUCAGAGAAUUAUAAAACCUUUUCCAGAAUUAAAGUACAGACAAUAACAAACCCUGCUAGAUACAAUUUUCAUAGAAUCAUAGGAAUCAUUCGAUAAUCUGUCGACCUAAUUAGACUUGUGGCCGGUUGCUUUUUUUGGCCGAUUUUCUGGCACGAGUAUCUCCGUUCCUCUCGUUUCGUAGCUUUCUGAUUGCUUGUGAGAACAUAAGGUAAAAUGGAAGUGGGUUUGAUUCGCAAGCUAAGUUUGAACAAACUUGAUAUACAUAUACACACGACGCACGUAACAUUCACGUGCGCGCAUGAUUUUGAAAGUCAACACUACAGAAGUCGAUAACAAAAGUAUAAUUCUAAUUUUUUUUUCGUUUUUCGAAUAAAAUUGUCUAUGUUUAAUCUAACGUAAUUUAUCAUUGUCUAUACUUUAAUUCUGGAGAAAGAUUUAUAAUUCUGUAAACUUAAUGAAAGAUUUUUUCAUCUGAAAAUUCGUUUUACGUUUUUGCGAGCUUGGAAGCAGGACUGCCAUGCAGGACCGUCUAUGUGCGCUUCAGCGCUAUGGACACAGCACGUGUCACAUACGUUGCUCGAGCGCCAGAAUUAGCAGUCCUGCUUGAAAAUUAUAAAAGAGAGUAGAGUAGAAGUGAGAAGAGUAGAAGUGAAAAUUAGUUAAAAAGUACAAAUUGGCUGCAAAUCUAAAUGCGAUUAGGUCCUAGCUCAUAAAAUAAAGUUAUAUUAUUAUUAAGAUCAGGGUUGUGUAAAUUUCAAGAUUAUGUAUUAGAAUUAUUAAUAUUAUGUAGCUGAAGGGGAGAGAAGAAAAAACGGAAUGACAUUAUUUGCCAAAUGUAGCUGAGCGCGCGCGCGCGCGCGCGCGCGUGUGUGUGUGUGUGUGUGUGUGUGUUUGUGUGUAUGCGCGCGCGCUUGGGUUCGAAUUGCUCGGAAGCGCAGCACAGCCUGACAUCGCAUCAUAUAGGCGAUCGACGAUUCGGUCGAGCCACGCACCGUUUCAAUAGAGACAGAGAAUAAAUAAAAAAGGAUAGACGAAACGCCUAUAUUUUUUGUUUAUUCUCACUCUAUCGAGACAACAGUAGUAGGCAGAGAGGUAAAAGCCAAGUGCAUUCGGCUCGCGAUUCUCGCGUGCUGAGUUAGGACAGACCUGUAAGUUUGCAACUGUAACAUUGUUCUAAUUGUAAAUUUUAUAGUUCCACGUUAUAUUCCUAAUUUGAAUUCGUAAAAAGAGAUAAACAUAAAAGAUUAUUGCAACGUGAUUACAUGUAAAAUUUGUUACUCUUUACUUUGUUUUUUGAAGUAGUAGUAGUAAUGCCAGAGGCAGUCAUCGUGAGUUGGCUAUUUGCAAAAAAAAUACUAGAAGUAAUUGUCAUGAGUUAGCUGAUUUUUUAUUUGCUACUAGAGGCGUACAUCGUGAACUGGCUAGUUUUAAAAAAAUGCCAAAGGCGUUUAUCGCGAGCUGGCUAUUUGCAAAAAAAAUACUAGAAGUGAUUGUCAUGAGUUAGCUGAUUUUUAAUUUGCUACUAUAUAGAGGCGUACAUCGUGAAUUGGCUAGUUUUUAAAAAAUGCCAAAGAGGUUUAUUGUGAGCUGGCUAGUUUUUAAAAAAUGUCAAAGGCGUAAAUCGUGAUGGAUACAGCAACUUAUUUUUUUUAAGACAUGCGAUCGUAUUUCCUUUGGCUAGCCUUGGCGCAUUAUGUUAUCGCUAAUCCAGUCAAAGCACAUCAGCCGAUUCAAGCAACUAGUAACUCUACCGCCAUCGGAUGUUGCGCCUGCUCGUUCGAGGAUACGCGAUAUAUGAAUUAUGUUUGUGGUGAUGUCAAUGCUUUUAUGACAUUAGUUCAACAUGCAAUAUCCUCUAGAUGCGACAUCGCUGAUCCUUGUCGACGUUUGGGUAGAGACGAACCACCGAGCGAAAAUGAAUGGUUCGACUUUAUAAUUGUCGGCGCAGGUGUAGCUGGACCAAUAAUCGCAAGAAGAUUAAGCGACAAUGAUCCAUGGCGAAAGAUUUUGCUGAUUGAAGCUGGCCCUGAAGAACCUAGUAUGACAGCUAUACCAGGGUUUGCAUUCCAUGCUAUAAAUACGUCCCUCGAUUGGAACUUUAAAACGGAACCAACAAUACCACACCCUACCGCCUGUUUAGAAACAGGCGGCGUUUGCACUUGGCCAAGAGGCAAAAUGGUCGCCGGUACUGGCGCUUUGCACGGUAUGAUGUACAUCCGAGGUCAUCCUGAACACUACAAUCGCUGGGCGCGAGAAGGUAAUGUGGGUUGGUCCUAUAGCGAGAUCAGUCAUUAUUUUGAACGAGUGGAGAAUCCAAUUGACCCAACAAUCUUAUCAGACAAACAUAGAAGCCUAAAAGAAGACGGACUAAUAAAUAUUCAAUAUUAUCCACACAAACCGGAUUUCGUGGAUGUCCUAUUGGCUGCUGCAGGUGAACUAGGUUAUAGAACCUCUCAGUUAAAAGAAUACAACCAAACCGGCUUCAUGAUCGCACCAAUGACGAUUAAAAACGGUAUGCGUCUCACGACUUCGAGAGCAUAUCUGAGACCUAUUCACGAUCGCAAAAAUUUACGAGUGCUGACGAAUGCUCAAGUCACUAAAAUCUUGAUUAGUCCGUGGGAACAAAGGGCUUAUGGCGUAGAACUGGUGGAUAGAGAUGGUCACAAGAGGGUGGUGAAAUGCGAUAAAGAAGUGAUCCUGACGGCCGGUGCCAUCGGCUCGCCACACAUCCUUAUGAAUUCUGGCGUGGGACCCCAGAAAGAUCUCACAAAGUUUGGUAUUAAAGUAUAUAAAGAUCUGCCGGUCGGCAAGAAUCUGCAUAAUCACGUGUCCGUUGGAGUGCCUAUGAGCAUCAGGGACACCCCAUAUGAGAUCUUGACCAUGGAGGCCGUGAACAAAUAUCUAGAGAACAAGACGGGUCCAUUAGCCAGUACCGGUAUCACUCAAGUUACCGCUUUCUUCGAGAGCAGUUACGCGAUUAAUGGCAUACCCGAUAUCCAAGUUUUCUUUGACGGUUUCAGCCCUAGUUGCUCGAAAACUGGUCUACCCAAUGAGUGCGCUAAUGGUAAAAUUCAGUCCGAUUGUCCAGACAGAAGACAGAUCGUAGCGAGACCUACUGUAGUUUACGGGGAAAGUCGAGGUGAUUUGAAACUCCGCUCAAAUAAUCCAUUGGAUCCACCCUUAAUAUAUCCAAAUUACUUUAAAAACGAGAAAGACCUGACAAUUUUGCUCGAAGGUAUCAAAAAGAUUAGCAAGCUUGUUGACACAUCUGUUAUGAAAAAGUGGGACCUUCGCUUAGAACAAGUGAAAAGUACAUUAUGUAGCAACUACCAUUUUGACACAGACGCUUUUUGGAUGUGUCAAAUAAGGGCGGUAACUGGACCAGAAAAUCAUCAAUCUGGAACAUGCAAGUUGGGAUCAAGUACUGAUCCAAGUGCAGUAGUAGAUCCAGAACUUCGAGUACAUGGUAUACCGAAUAUUCGCGUUGCAGACGCUUCAAUCUUUCCUACUGUGCCAAAUUCAAAUCCUAUCGCCGCGAUUAUGAUGGUGGCUGAAAAGGCAGCCGAUAUGAUUAACAAUGCUUGGCCACACAAACUUUGAAAUGUACUAGUUUCUGAAUAUAAUAAAUUGUAAUCAUAAAAAUAACGUGUGUCCAUGUUGUAUACAUGAUAUACAUGGAAAAAAUGUAUCAACGGUGUAUCAACCCACCAAACACCAAGUUACAUGUAACGUGCAUGUUAGUUGUAAUUUCCCACUCAACAAUGUAAUUGUAAUAUAACACGUGUGUUAUAUUACAAUUAUAUUAUUAAGUGGGAAAUUACAACUAACAAGCACGUUACAUGUAACUUUGUGUUUGCUGAGAACAAUAUUAGUUUAAUUGGAAAUAAUCUUGUUGCUUUGAAUAACAGUAUUAAUAAAACAAAUAUAUUAUACUAUUAUUUUAAUAAUCGAGAUUUUUUCCUCAAUUGUAUAGUUUUCCAAACCUUUGGAAAAUUUUGUGUUAAUUAUAUAUUUAUUUUCGUUUAAUAAAUAUUUAUAUUUUGAUUGUAUAUAAAAUAGAUGAGUUCUUGACUUGUAAGGCGAUGAAUUUAAUCUAUAUUAAACAAAGGACAGUGUUCCUCAAAAUCCGCCCCGGCAUGGUAUAAAUAAGAAUAAAAGCUAUAUUAAAA